AGUGCCAGGUUGCAAGAGCUCGCUUCACACAGUGCGCUGUGUCUGCCUGUAAACUUAGAGGGCUAGCUCACCCCAUACGCUCAGCUAGGGAUGUUUUACUAACUACUUUAUAAACAGAGGACAACACAAACAUUCACACAAGUGCUGUAACUCUCUCUUAACUUUAACUAAACGGUAAUUAGUUUAAAAGUCACUUGCACAUUCACUGAAGUUUGACUUUUGAAUUAGGACGAAAGUUGUCUGUCCUUUUUUGUUUCUUUUUGCUGAAGAGCGGAUUGCUUGUUAAAACUCUACUUUUGGAUUGGUUGAUAUUUUCUUAGUCUCGAAGAGAAACUGUAAGACUCGAUCGAGAUGGUUGUGCUGUCACUGACGGUACUACUAGGAUUUAUAGGAAGUCUGACUUCAGCCGACAACGCUGAUGCCAUAGAUAAAGAAGACCAGCUGCGUAGCCGCCUGAGAGAGUAUGGCCUCAUCACCCCCAUCAGCACCGACUCCCAUGGUCACUUCCUGUCCCACCUGCUCUCUGCCAAUCACAAGCAACGGGUGAAGAGGGAGGUGGCGACAGAGGGCUCGGAGCAGGCCAGUGAUAGGCUGUUCUUCAACAUCACGGUAUUCGGCAGGGAGUUCCACCUGAGGCUCCGUCCCAACGACCGCCUGGUGUCUCCUGGGGCCAUGGUGGAGUGGCACGACCAGGUCCCUGAACCAGGCAACGCCAGCAGCAGUAGUACUAUCCGUGUUGGUGGAGAGAAUGGGAGUGAGUCGACCAGCGGUGGAACAGAGAGGAUUCUCAGGAGGAGGCUGCUGAAAACAGACUGCACCUUUAUCGGUGACAUCACCGACGUAAAGGGAGCCUCCGUCGCCAUUAACAACUGUGAUGGACUGGCUGGUAUGAUCCGGACAGACUCAGAUGAGUACUUCAUUGAGCCGUUGGAGAGAGGGACUCAGGAACAUGAGGACCAGGGCAGAGUCCAUGUUGUCUACAGGAGAUCUGCUGUUCUACAGGCCCCCUCUGACAUCUCACUGGACUACCAGCUGGAAGAACCGGAAAUAGAGCUGUCCCUGCCAGGUGUCCCAGGGAUUCUAGACCAGUUGUCCCUGACAGGUGUCCCAGGGAUUCUAGACCAGUUGUCCCUGCCAGGUGUCCCAGGUAUUCUAGACCAGGUGUCCCGGCAGGUGAACCAAGCGGUGAGGAAGCGACGCCACGCCGGAGAUGACGACUACAACAUUGAAGUUCUUCUGGGUGUCGACUACUCCGUGGUGCGUUUCCACGGCAAGGAGCAUGUGCAGAACUACCUGCUGACCCUCAUGAACAUUGUGAAUGAGAUCUACCACGAUGAGUCUCUAGGAGUCCAUAUUAAUGUGGUGUUGGUGAGGAUGAUCAUGCUGGGCUAUGCUAAGUCCAUCAGCCUGAUAGAACGAGGGAACCCGUCCAGGAGUCUGGAGAACGUGUGUCGCUGGGCGUUCGUUCAGCAGAAGGCAGACCAUGACCAUUCUGAGCACCAUGAUCACGCCAUCUUCCUGACCAGACAGGGCUUUGGACCCACAGGCAUGCAGGGCUACGCCCCCGUAACAGGCAUGUGCCACCCAGUCCGGAGCUGCACGCUGAACCAUGAGGAUGGAUUCUCUUCUGCCUUCGUUGUCGCCCACGAGACCGGACAUGUGCUGGGUAUGGAGCAUGAUGGUCAGGGGAAUCGUUGUGGAGACGAGACAGCCAUGGGGAGUGUGAUGGCUCCACUGGUUCAAGCUGCCUUCCACCGAUACCACUGGUCCAUGUGUAGUGGACAGGAGCUCAAGAGAUAUAUACAUUCGUACGACUGUCUCCUGGACGACCCGUUCAAACACGACUGGCCCCAGCUGCCGGAGCUGCCAGGGAUCAACUACUCCAUGGAUGAACAGUGUCGCUUCGACUUCGGAGUCGGAUACAAAAUCUGCACAUCAUUUCGCACAUUUGACCCAUGUAAGCAGCUGUGGUGCAGUCACCCUGACAACCCAUACUUCUGCAAAACCAAAAAAGGCCCUCCCCUGGACGGUACUGAGUGUGCUCCUGGGAAGUGGUGCUAUAAAGGUCACUGCAUGUGGAAGAAUGUCAACCAGGUGACGCAGGAUGGCUCCUGGGGCUCCUGGACGAAAUAUGGUUCCUGUUCCCGCUCCUGUGGGACAGGGGUUCGCUUCAGAACUCGCCAGUGCAACAACCCAGUCCCCUCUAACGGCGGUGGGGACUGUCCCGGGGUGAAUUAUGAGUACCAGCUGUGUAACACCGAGGACUGCCCCAAACACUUUGAGGACUUCAGGGCCCAGCAGUGCCAGCUACGCAACUCCCACUUUGAGUUCCAGAACACCAAACACCACUGGCUGCCCUAUGAGCACCCUGACUCCAAUAAGAGGUGCCACCUGUACUGCCAGUCGAAGGAGACUGCUGACGUGGCGUACAUGAAGCAGCUGGUGCAUGAUGGGACACGCUGCUCCUACAAAGACCCCUACAGCAUCUGUGUCAGAGGAGAGUGUGUGAAAGUGGGCUGCGACAAAGAGAUUGGUUCCAACAAGGUGGAGGAUAAGUGUGGAGUGUGUGGUGGGGACAAUUCUCACUGUCGUACCAUCAAGGGAACCUUCACCCGCACCCCCAAGAAAGCUGGGAAGACGAGAGGAGCAUUUACCUUGCCUAAAGGAGCUCGGAAUGUUUAUCUGAAUGAAACAGAAGAUUUUAGAAAUGUAUUUGGUUUCCUUAAGAUGUUUCUGAUCCCUCCCGGGGCUAGACAUGUGAUCAUUCAGGAGCAUGAGGCUUCUCCUCAGAUGCUUGCGAUCAAGAACCAGGUGACAGGCCGCUACAUCCUGAAUGGCCGAGGAGAGGAGCCUCGCUCCCGGAGCUUCAUAGACCUGGGAGUGGAGUGGGAUUACAUUAUAGAAGAUGACGAAGAGACACUAUACACUGACGGACCCCUACACGACGCUGUGGUCGUACUGAUAAUCCCUCAGGAUAACGAGACCAGGUCUACCCUGAUGUAUAAAUACAUCAUCCAUGAAGACUCUGUCCCCGUCAACAACAACAACGUCAUUCAGGAGGACACCUACGAAUGGGCCCUGAAGAGCUGGUCGCAGUGUUCUAGACCCUGUGCUGGAGGGUUCCAGUACACUAAGUAUGGCUGCAGGAAAAAGGGUGACAGCAAGAUGGUCCACCGGGGAUACUGUGAUGUCAGCAAGAAGCCAAAACCCAUCAGAAGAAUGUGUAACCUACAGGACUGUACGCAGCCACAAUGGAUCUCAGAGGACUGGGAGCACUGCACUAAGACAUGUGGCAGUUUGGGUUUCCAUAUCCGGACGGUUCGCUGUGUCCAGUUCCUCAAUGAGGGGACCAAUCGCUCAGUCCACAGCAAGUACUGCAGUGGGGAGAAACCAGAGAGCAGACGGCCCUGUAACAGACUGCCCUGCCCUGCACACUGGAGGCCUGGGGCCUGGUCAGAGUGCUCAGUGACAUGUGGUGAGGGGAUGGAGAGGCGCUUAGUGACGUGUCGUAUUGGAGAUCAGUGUAAUGGAGAGAGACCUGAGGCCCACAGACCCUGCAAGCCAGGACCCUGUCACGAUGAGCCGUGUAACGGGGAUAAGUCUAUAUUCUGUCAGAUGGAGGUCCUGGUGAGAUACUGCUCUAUCCCGGGAUACAAUAAACUGUGUUGUGACUCCUGUAGCAGACGCAGAGGAACCCUGUCCUCCCUCCUAGUAGAAGCCGCCGAGAUGGACCAGGAAGUACGCUUUGCCGCCGCCUCCCAGCUCCUGGAGACUCAGUCGCCCAAUGGGACGCGUGAUUUGUCUCUUCGCUCCCUACUGACCCCCAGUGGAUCCUCAACGCUAUGCCCCAGCAUCAGACACGCCCACACUGUCCCACCCAGGAAAAGCUCCUUCCACCGCAGGGUUCCAUCCCCCAGUAGCCUCGCUGGCAGGAACCUGUCCAUCAUGAUGUCGUCACUUACUGCUGGUGGCGCGGUUCAGUCAGAUGCCACGGAGGGUCAAAGUUCAAACACGUUGAGGGAGAGCCGGUUGCUCAAGGAGACGGAGGUGGCUCUAACGGAGGUGGAGAGAUGAAGUGAGAUCAUUCCUCCUCUGGACUCCAUGCAGAUAUCACUCCACCCUGCCUUUCUCACCUCAUAACAUCAGGGUAGAGAGAGCGAGGGAGGGAGGGAGGGAUGUAGAAGUGCUGGUUCACUUUCGUGUUAGAGACCCCCUAAGCAGCAGUGACAGGUUGUUUGAGUUGAAACGCACCAUAUACAGUAUCACCAGAACAGUUGGACUGAAGCCCCAGUCAUGUUACAACGUUACUCGUAGGAAAUCGUUCUAGUUGUAUAGAAUUUCAAUAUCCAGCUAUUUUUGUUUACUGGCGCUCUCGUAUUUCUUCAACAAAUCUAGAUAUUUCUAAAAGUCACUGUAAAAACUAUAUAAUAUACAGUACAUAUGUUAAACAUUGUUCAAAUGUCAGUAUUAUUAUAACGAAGACAAGAUGACACUGUCAAAGGUUAAAUCCCCUUUUGGUUCCUAAACUACAGACCCACAGACAUACUAACAUCUCCAGAACCAUAUCCAGAUAUUCCAGAACCAUAUCCAGAUAUUCCAGAACCAUAUCCAGAUAUUCCAGAACCAUAAUAUGAAAUGUCAGGUGGUGUAUUAUUUGUUCCCUACAGUACUCAGCUAGAGGCUGUUGUAGCAGAACAUACAUCAUCUGAUCUCAAGUCACAAUGAAACAUCAGGCUGUCAAUACUCUGUUUAAUGUCUUCAUGAACACACAGGGACAACAGGCAGAGUGUGAUGGAAUCUCACCAUCACUACAUCUGAGAGGGAUAUAUAGUAUCCCUAAAGCCCUUUAGAGGGGGAAUCUAUGGAUUCUAUACCACCAGGGGGUUUAUUAGUAUUUAACACACACAUUGUUUGAGCUCUCCAUGCCAAUGCUUUUGUGAAGAUGGACUUACAAAAUAUCUUUAUAGGGAACAUAUGAUAAUAGAUGUCUAGCUUUGUCAGAGAGGGAGAGAGCUAUUUAUUGUAAAAUGAUUUUGUCAACCACAAUGCAUCUGACUGCAAUAGCGAACAAACCGUUGAUGAUGUUUCAGUUGAGUUCAAUGUGCAACCGAUCAUUCUUACUCCUGUGUUGUCAUUAUAGGACUUGUAAAUAGGAUUUAGAAGGUCAAUAUUUAUUAAGAUAGUGGUCCUGCUCUUUUUCCUGUACAGUGCCUUCUGGUUGCCGAGGUGUUGUAGAAAUAACCAAACAAUAUUAUUAUUAUAGGUUCUAAUAAUAACCAAACUAAACCCAACAUCAAGACCAACCACCUCAUUCCAGCUCAACGCUUUCACUUCAGUUCAACAUCAGUGGAAUCAACCUGCUGUCCGUCAGUGGAAUCAACCCACUGUCGGUCAGUGGAUUCAACCCGCUGUCGGUCAGUGGAAUCAACCCGCUGUCCGUCAGUGGAAUCAACCCGCUGUCCGUCAGUGGAAUCAACCUGCUGUCCGUCAGUGGAAUCAACCCGCUGUUGGUCAGUGGAAUCAACCCGCUGUUGGUCAGUGGAAUCAACCCGCUGUCCGUCAGUGGAAUCAACCCGCUGUCCGUCAGUGGAAUCAACCUGCUGUCCGUCAGUGGAAUCAACCCGCUGUCCGUCAGUGGAAUCAACCCGCUGUCCGUCAGUGGAAUCAACCCGCUGUCGGUCAGUGGAAUCAACCCGCUGUCCGUCAGUGGAAUCAACCCGCUGUCCGUCAGUGGAAUCAACCCGCUGUCCGUCAGUGGAAUCAACCCGCUGUCCGUCAGUGGAUUCAACCCGCUGUCCGUCAGUGGAAUCAACCCGCUGUCCGUCAGUGGAUUCAACCCGCUGUCCGUCAGUGGAAUCAACCCGCUGUCCGUCAGUGGAUUCAACCCGCUGCCCGUCAGUGGAAUCAACCCGCUGUCCGUCAGUGGAAUCAACCCGCUGUCCGUCAGUGGAAUCAACCCGCUGUUGGUCAGUGGAAUCAACCCGCUGCCCGUCAGUGGAAUCAACCCGCUGUCCGUCAGUGGAAUCAACCCGCUGUCCGUCAGUGGAUUCAACCCGCUGUCCGUCAGUGGAAUCAACCCGCUGUCCGACAGUCAAACGUUGAGUGGGUAGAUUAGACUAUCUUGUGUUAAUAACCAACAAGACAUGAAUAUGUUGUUGCCCCUAACUGAACACAGAGAACAUAGAGGGUAGUAAAUGUCUCAAACUAUGCUGAAACACACAGUACUCAGAGUUAGAGUUUAUUUUCCCCUGUCAUUUAAGGUUAAUGUGCUGUCUUUAAGACAUUGCUGCUAAUGUUAUGCAAAGCUUUUAAUGAUCGAGGACGUUAGCUAGUUUGUUUGGGUUGUACCAUUUGCCCCUCCACAUUUACCGUAGAGAGCCUCAUGAGGGUUCUAAUAUGUUGUGGAUGUCACGUUCUACAUAAAUGGUUGAACUAA